AUGACUUUUAACCAACCAGAACCAUCCCCCAUCAGUGGGCCAGUGCUGUUAGAGUGGAAAAAUUUAACCGUGAAGGUGCGAUCCUCGAACCAACAACCGGUAUCCUCCUCCAGCAGUUGGUAUGGACGUCCAGGACAUCAGCAAAAAAAAGAGCUCACGCUUCUGCGAAAUGCCAGCGGUGCUGUGCGUUCCGACAACUUAGUAGCUAUUAUGGGUCCAAGUGGGGCAGGUAAGACCACACUGUUGGCCGCCAUCUCGAUGCGUAUCACCGGUUCCACGACCGUCCACGGGAAGGUGCUUAUCAACGGGCUGUACGUGACCAGGACGCAGAUGAAACAGCUGACCGGCUUUGUGCCACAGUACGAGAUCGCCCUCCAGUCGCUGACCGUUGCCGAACAUCUAAGCUUUGUGGCACGGUUAAAAAAUGUCGGAUACGUCACCGUCCUGCGCAUCGUCAAGGAACUCGCCUUGCAAAACUGCUGGGACACGCGGAUCGCACAGCUAUCGGGUGGUGAACGUAAGAAGGUGAAUCUUGCCGGCGAGUUGCUCACCGAACCGGAAGUACUGUUCUGUGACGAACCCACGACCGGGCUGGACAGUUUCAACGCCGUUUCGGUGAUGAAAACACUGCAGAGCUUAAGCAGACACGGACGACGAGCAGUCAUAUGCACGAUCCAUGAUCCUCCGUCGCAGGUGUUUCAGUGCUUUAGCGAUGUGAUCCUCCUGCAAGAUGGUGGCACCGUGCUGUACCAGGGACCGACAGCGGAUCGAAUAGAAUUCUUCAACUCCAUCGGCCAACAGCUGCCGGGGAGUGGAAAUCCUGCCGAUUUCUACUUUCACCUCGUCAGUCCUGGUGAGCGUGAUAGCCCGGACACCGAGGAGGCUGCCGAUCGGCGCGAUAUCAUCCGCAAAACCUGCCGCGAGAACAUCGCCCGGAAGUGCCUCCAGACAAGGUACCAUCAGACGAAGAUCAUACAGAAGCUGGCCAACGAUAGGCACCGGAUCUGUCGCGCAAGCCAGCUGCUGGUGUUGCUUCACCGUACCGCUCUCGAUAGCUUCCGAAAUGUGGGCGAGUACCUCACGGUGACGGCGAUAUUUCUCUUUACCAGCGUUGUGAUAGCGACGCUUUACCGCGAGGUGCGCCCAAACUCGCAAACCUCCAUCCAGGACAUCCGUGGGGCGCUGUUCCUGAUGGUUUGUGAGCUCGUGUACACGAUCAGCUACGGGGUGUUUUACACGUUUCCUUCCGAGAUGCCACUGAUCCGGCGUGAGGUGGGCGAAAAGACGUACAACCUGUCGGUGUACUACGCGCACAAGGUGUUGUACAGCGUACCGAGAGCGUUCUUCGAGUCGUUCCUGUUCGUUGGGGUUGUGUACGCGUUUGUCGGCUUCACCACGGAUGUCGUCACGUACUGCUGCAUGGCACUCGUGUCCGGUGGUGCGAGUGUCCUUGCGAUGGCCUACGGUUAUCUGCUCUCCUGCACGGCUGGCACGAUGAAUAUGGCCAUCGAGACGAGCAACAUCGUGUUCCUGGCGUUUAUGCUGCUCGGUGGGCUGUACCUGAACUUGCGCGCUUUUCCACUCCUGAAGUACUGCUCGUUUUUCUUCUUCGCCAGUGAGGGCGUCUCCAUCUACUACUGGUUGCCGGUUCAAGCGAUCCCUUGUGCCGGUGUGGCCACCAACGAGACAGCAACCUGUCUGCCAACGGGUUUGGCCGUUCUCGAGGAUGCAGGAUAUGGUACGUCGUACGAGGCGCUACACGUCAACUACGCCGUCAUGGCGGUUCAGAUCGUCCUCGUGCACCUGGUGGCGUACGUAAUGCUGCGGAAGUUUGUCCGAAAAGCGGGUUUUUACUGA